CUCACCCUAGAAUACUCACCCUAGAAUCUAGAAGCUUCGUCUGUUCAUUAAGCAAUAACAAAUUUCUUAAUAUUUCCAUGGACUCUGCUCUAGAAAUCGUCAAGGAAAAUCCCCUUUCAAUCCUUCCAGUUCACCAAGCUUGCCCUAAACUGCAGAAUGGUGCUGCGGAGGAGGAGGAGUUUGUAUAUAUUUGAAGCUCGAAAUUAACGGCACGACGACGAAGAUGGCCAACAGCAACACUUGACCACUUUGCGCUCCGUGCUUUUUCAUGAGUUGCGGGCCAUGGAGGAGCUGCUGCUGCAUCAGAUCCGUGAGUCAGAAGACAGCAGCAGCAGCAGAAGCAUCAGGGGAUACUGACUAGCGUCGCAUCUGGAGCCGUGAAGGGAGCGCUGCGGCGCAGGCCAGGGCGUUACGUGGUGCAACGAAGAGGCUUUUCGGAGGAGAGAAUUACUGCAUGAUUUGUAUGAAAUUCGAGAAGAAUAUAUUAUAUAAUUGAAUUCGUUCUUUGCUGACGGGAUCGCAAUGCAGAGAGGGAGGGAAGGAAGGAAGUCACUUGGACGAUGCGGAGGGGGACUCGACCGCUUCUUCUCCGAGAAGAUGAAGACGACGAGGGUGUGCUCUGAUUGAGAACCGGGCCGUCGGAUCGCUUGGUGGCGGUCUUCGUUGCAACCGGCACGUUGCGAACGGGGAGGAUUGCCACCCGAAGGAGCUUUCAGGUUGCGGGGAAUUGGAGAUGGAUUGAAGGAGCGUGAAGGCCGUGAGGAGCGAGCACUGUCACAGUGGCACUACUAGUUUUUUGUGGGAAUUCCUCGAAGAUUGAGGGGUGGAGCAAGAUUGCUGGAUUUCCUGCACGGAGAUUGAUUUUCAAGCGCACAAGGCUACCAGGCCUCGUUGUUUAUUGAGAUCAGAGGAGGAAUUUUCGUGUGCGGGACGCUGCAGUGGUUCAGCAAUGGAGACAAGAUUAGAAUCUAUUAUGUCCGAAGAAGGCAUAGCUAUGGAGGCGCUUUUGGGGGGUGAUGGGAUCGCGGACAGGCCGUGGCGGUUAAAUGUGAGUUCAUUUCGCUUGCGGGAUCAUUUACCGAACACCACCGUUGAUUGCGCGAAAAAAUUUGGUGGUGAAAAAGGUGUCGAUGAUUAUUAUAAACAGCAGGAAGAAAUGUUGAAAAGCUUCGUGCAAAUGGAUUCUAUAGCAGACCGAGGGUACAUGUCCACCAGCACCCAAGAAGAGCGAGACACCACACAUCGAAGAGAGAGGUUUGCCAUUAGUGUUUCAAAUAUAGCGAACUUGAUCAUCUUCGCAGCAAAAGUCUAUGCCUGUGUGAAGAGUGGCUCUUUAGCCAUCAUUGCUUCCACUUUGGACUCAUUGCUAGACUUGCUGUCUGGCUUGAUUCUUUGGUUCGCGGCGAUUUCCAUGCGCAAGCAGAACCCCUACCUCUAUCCGAUUGGGAAAAAGCGGAUGCAACCUUUGGGCAUUCUAGUUUUUGCGUCAGUAAUGGCAACACUUGGCCUUCAAAUUAUUUUGGAGUCCGCUCGGACGCUGUUCUCACAGGAACACUCACUUGCUCUAGCCGAAUCUUGGAACUGGGUGGUCGCAAUCAUGGUGGCGACAACAGUAGCAAAGUUCCUUCUGAUGGUGUAUUGUCGGAUGUUCCGUGAUGAGAUCGUGAGGGCUUAUGCGCAAGACCACUUUUUUGACGUCGUUACCAACAUAAUUGGUCUAAUUGCGGCAGUUGUGUCCAGCAUAUUUGCUUGGUGGGUUGAUCCUGCAGGUGCAAUUGUGCUGGCACUCUACACUAUGCGUACAUGGACAUUGACAGUGCUGGAGAAUGUAAACGCUUUGGUUAGUCGUACAGCUUCUCCGGAUUUCCUACGGAAAAUAACAUAUCUAUGUUGGAAUCAUCACAAGGACAUACGUCAAAUUGACACUGUCCGUGCGUAUACAUUUGGCUCUCAUUAUUUUGCAGAGGUUGAUAUUGUAUUAGCAGGGGACAUGCCUCUGCAACAAGCGCAUGACAUUGGCGAAUCACUCCAAAACAAACUCGAGUCGCUCCCAGAAAUAGAACGAGCCUUCGUUCAUCUCGACUACGAAGUCACGCAUCGGCCCGAGCAUGCUUACAAGGAAUAACGACACUAUGAUAUUCAAACUCUGUGAUAUUCUUAGUUUAGAGUCCAGGAAGAGCUGCUCUUUACUGAAUUUAUUGAUUUUGUUAGAAAAGUCUCGUAGGGGUCCCUGGAUUUGAGACACUAGGGACUUCAGGUACUUCCUUAUCAUUAUUCUGCUGCAUUAUCAGUACAUCCUUUUUACAACCAACAUUGGCGGAUUGUUUAACCUCCUUCAAGGCUGUUCUUAGUGGAGUCACCACAUUUUGUGGCCAAUAAUGUUAAAUGAGUUACAACAUUGGAAUAGAAAUUCUGCAGGAUGAACAAUGAUAGUCCCCAAAAACCCCUUAGACUUCACAGCGACAUGAUCCCCAUCUGCAUGACCUUAAGAGACUAGAAUUUUCUAGCAGUUGCAUGUAUAGCUGAAUCUAUUACCAUGAUUUAUUGUUAUGUAAUUUAUUUAUUUAUUGAUUUAUUGAGCAAUAAAAGACUCACUAGUUUGAUUGUA